AACCCUAACAGAAUAAUUAAUAGUUACCAAACAAACUAUUAGCUAUGUAAAGUGUUUUAUCACAUUAAUUAAUGCCGCUGGUGAUACACUACACAGUGUAGUGUACCUCUACAUUACUGCAUGUAUUUGGCCUGAGUCACACGUGUGCACCCAAAUAAUUAUUAUUCGUUGAACUCACGCCACCCCACUCACUGCGUGUAAGCUCACAGAAAAAAGUGCACGCUUUAUAUUUAAUCAAAAAUUGCAAAAAUAUUAAUCAUCGCCACGCAAACCCUUGGUAUUGGUAGUACGUUGUUAGCGCGGCGCAUGCGCUAGACAGUUCAGUGGCGACCAGUUUUAAAUUUAGAUUCGUGUCGCCGGAAUUUCGCUGUCCUAUUUAGACACCGCAAACGGCAGAUUUUAACUGAAUUCAAAGGUACAAUUGUUAUUGAUGUUCAUUUAAAUUAUUCGAGUCAGUGAUUUAUCAGUGAUGCUUGGAUGUGGAGUGAAGUGAAGUGAGAGCUGUCACCGUAGUGUGCGCGUGGUUGUGAGAACAGAUUGCUGACUGUACUGCACCAACAUGUUCGGGAGAACAAUCCUAGUGUUGUUGUUAUUGUGGACGCAAGAUGCAGUCAAGAGUUUGCGUCUCGUGGAACUCCGUGUACCAACACAUGAGCCCGAAGGCGGUAUGGCUCUUCUUGGCUGCCAGUACGACCUAGAAGGGGACACCCUGUAUUCUGUCAAAUGGUACAAAGAUGGCCGCGAGUUCUACCGCUUCGUGCCCAAAAAUGAUCCCCCUGUAUAUUACUUUCAAGCUCCGGGAGUAAACGUUGAAAUAGGACGUUCUUCAAACACCGUGGUGGCGCUAGUAAACCUCACGCAGGAGUCUGCAGGACAUUACCGCUGCGAAGUGUCCGGAGAAGCACCCUCAUUCGCUACUGUAUUCAGACAAAAAUACAUCAACAUACAUUUACUUCCGAAAGGCGGACCCCGAGUUAUUGGUCUCAAAGAGCAGUACAAUUUAGACGACCUUGUAGUGGCGAACUGCACGCUGCCACCUUCUCGUCCAAAGGCGCAUUUAAAAUGGCUCAUCAACGACAGGCCUGCACCCUCCUCUUACAUUCUGGGACCCUGGUACCGAGUGUCAGCCGAACGACCUGAUGCUGCCGAAACUAUUCUGCAGUUAAGCUUCUUCGCAACCACUUCUGAUUUUGUUAACGGUGCCAUCAAAUUAAAAUGCCAGGCUACGAUUGCACCGCUCUACCAAAGAGAGACGGAGUCCACCCAUUAUAUAUCUCUACCUUUUUCUAUGGCCGCCCAUCCACCUGAGGCAAAGGAAAUCCGAGACAUCGCCUCGUCGGUGGAAAAUACGUUAGCAACUUUAAUUGUACCAUUAAUGAUGUUAAUAUUAAUGUAAUAGUACCGUGAUAUCAGUGUUUAGUGUAGGUGGCCAGACAUGUGUAUAAAAGGUUUUAUAUUAUUUGUUUGACAAAUCUUUCAUGGAUCACAUUUCGAGUGUUUUGUGGUGGGACGUGGUGAAUACAAUGUGGAACGUUUUAGAUACGGUUAAGCAAUUCUUUAGAAGUUCACAAAACUUGAACAUCAGGAAACAUACGUGUUGGUUAGUUGUAGGCACAUACACAUGUAUAUAUCCGUGUACAACUAACUAGGGAAGUUGGUCCUACUACGAAGCAAAGCGCUCGCAAUCUUGAAUAGUUUCGUUUCGGAACGUUACAAUUAUACUACCUUCGUGAGUUGUACGCAUUAUACUGACGAGAAUUUCUCUACACACGUUCAAUGGACUGUAUCGCCUGUUCGCCUAUCACUUUAGCGACAUAUUUUUAUUACAAUUUCUACCUUACAUCUAAAUAAUAAAGUACAUAAUUAAUAUGAGUUGCGUCUGAAAUAUGUCUCUAAGGAAGUAUGCAUGUUUGUUAUACCAAAGUUUGAUUUCCGAAUCGGACAAAUUGUUAUAGGGUUUUUUUUAGUAAUAGCAUGUAAUCUAGAACAUUGUCUUGGAUCCUAUAUAUAUGGCAAUAGGCUUACCCUCGUUAUACUUAUAACAUAACAGAAGAACUGUGUAUAUUCCAUUGUAUACGUAAGUGUAUACCUCUGUCCACCCCUUCGAGAAUUAAGAGGCGUGAGGUAGAAGUGCAACAAAUAAUAAAGCAAACUUCACUAUGAAGUUUUAUAAAUAGCUGUAUAAGUUAUUUUUUCCGAGUUGACGUAUAAAGUGCGGUUGUGGCCAGAAAGACAAAUUGCGGGGUUGAUGUUUUUUAUUUCCUUCCCAAUAAAAAGUAAGCGCCAAGCAAAAAUAUUUUCGACCUCUCCGUUGAAAUGCAGUUUUCGGUAGCGAAUACGAAAAAUCUUUGGAUACAUUUUGACGUUGCUGCUUUUAAUAAAAUACUAGUUUUUGUUGGCUAUUUUAUUUCACUAAAAUAUCUUUAUAACACUAUGUAGAUUCUAUAAUUAUUUAUGUCAGCAAACUCCUAAACAGCUAAACCGAUAAGGAUGAAAUAUGUCGUAUGCCUACUUUGAAGAUGAUUUGAGAGCUCCAUGCUAUAUAAGGCCUUGUCAAUUAAGUUACAAAUUAAUUAAAACAUUUAAAACCACUUUAAUUAUAUGGUAAAAAAUGUACACUGGCCAUAAAUAAUCGUCAAUAUUUUACCUACACAUUUUUGGCUACCAUCCAAAAGAAAAAAUUAAAUAAAGACGUAAGAUAUUUUUCGAUGUAGAUUUUAAAUACGUACUUACUCACUAAGUACUAUGUAUAACAUAGCGUUGGUAUAUAAUUUUAUUCAUAUGUUUAGAGCAUAAUAAUUGUUAUUGUAUGGCUUUAAUUUGUAUCCGUGAAAUAUUAAGAAGAGCUUGAAGUUAUGUAGAUUUAGUAUUGAAUGUAAGUCUAGUGGUCUAUUGAGCAACGCUCCCUAAAAUCUCCUUAGUCCGUCCCAGGGCGUAAAAUUGUAAUUGGAAAUUAUUCCGAUAUUCAAGGUUAUUAGUGAUAAUGCGAAGUUAAUUAACACAUUAAACGCCAUAGGGGCAAAAGUGACCGGCGCUAGCGGAGGAUUUGCCUUCAACAGAUUUUUGUUGGCAGUCAGUCUAAACGAUAUUUGUUGGGAAGAACAUGAAGAAAGAAAAUAGAAGUGUCGUCUUUAAGUUAUGCACCGACCAAAGUUUAUAGAUAGAAUAAUGCUUAAAAAACUUCAAAAAUAGGGUGAGAUUUGAUAGAUUGAGAACAUUUUAUGUUGUGGUAUAUCAACAGUAGCUUUAGGGUCGGCUCAAAUCUGACGUAACAUGCGUCGCGUAUUAUCGGUCACGUAACGCCCGAACAGACAAACGUAUAGAAAAGUACUUGACCGUUCACACUCAACCAAUGAUACGUUAGUGCAACCGAUGAUACGCUCGACGUAUUUUACGUCAGAUAUGAACCGACCCUUAAUUUCUAUUUGGUACAGCAGAUCUGUGCUCUUUUUAUUGCCAGUCAACAAAAUGCUCUGGUUUAACAUUUCUAAUUAACAUGACCAUGAUUUAUAUUUAGACCCAAACAUUAUAUUAUUAAAAUAUGAAAAAAAUCAACGAAACAAAUUCAGUCGUCAAUGCGACUUGUAACAAUUAUUGGCGGGCUUGUAGAUAAUGUGUUGAAGUCAAAAUAAAAAUGGUUACGGUGAUUGGUAACGUCCAAAUAAUAAGGAACAAUUUGUUAAAUGACAAUAAAAAAGAGGACAGAUCUGCUGUAUCAAAUAUAUAUUAAAGCUACUCGUGAUAUGGUCACGGUAAUUAGAAACAAAAAAUGUCAAACUGGACAAUAGGAGAAAUGUCGAACAAAAAUGUCUAAUGCUUUAACUAGAGCAUGAGAAGCAAUGAGUUCAAGUUUCAAACUCCUUUACAUAUACCAAAACAAACACAUUUCAAAUCUCAUCCUUAUCUUCCACUUUUAAUUUAUCCAUUUUAUUUAUAUUUUCUUUUCGUGAUACACUGAUGCAUUCGAAUCGAAUAAUUGUAUGGUUUUAUAUGUAUAAAUUAAAAAUAUUAUUUUCUUGAUUACUUUUUAUAAUAUUAAUGUGUAAUACCAUACUAAUUAGAAAGGUUGUGAUAGCGAUAUGACUGCUUUGCAUGACAACGAUUGUACUUUAUAAAUAAAGGAAAUAUAGUGAGUUAUAAUAAAA